AUGGCAGACAAUGAGCAAAUCGACCCAGGAGAUGCCGCCUGGCCGGCCAGAGAUAUUGCUUACUUGGCCAUCGUCGGCCCGUUGAUGCUGGCUGCCGCGUUCGAAUGGAUACUCUGGCUUGCUGCCUUUCUUUACUGUCUGAUCAAGGUAUAUCUCAAGGCAGAUCACUGGACCAUAAGGGCUCUUGCAGCUGCGAUGGUUGUACUUUUUACGGUGUUUCGGCUGGCAUUUCUUCCGGUGAUGAUCGUGACGCUGCCACUACCACCUCAAGUCACCAAGUACUUCCCUGAUCGCAUGUCGAAGGUGUUCCAGUGGUUUGCUUUCUGGUUGUUCUCCAUCUUGCUUAGCGGACCAUUGCUCUUCUGUGUAUACGGACUCGUCACAAAUCACAUCGGAAGAAAGAAGAGAAUCAAAGAGUCCUUGGAUGAUCGGAAUGCUCCAAAGACUGUGGUGGUGAUGCCAGUCUACAAGGAAGACGCGGAGGUCCUCAUCAAGGCCGUCGAUUCCGUGGUGGAUAGCGACUAUCCCGCAUCUUGCAUCCAUGUGUUUCUUUCCUGGGAUGGCGGUGGAGUUGAUGAGCCCUACCUCCGUGUCAUCCAUCAUUUCGGGAUUCCAAUUUCUCUCAAGAGCCAUCCUCAGAGUAUCGAUGUUGUCUACAAAGGCGCACGAAUCACGGUCUCACGCUUCAAACACGGAGGAAAGAGACAUUGUCAGAAGCUGACUUUCAAGCUCAUCGACAAGGUCUAUGCGGAAUAUCUGAAACGCCAUGACGAUCUGUUUGUAUUGUUCAUCGACUCGGACUGCAUUCUUGAUCAAUACUGUCUGCAGAAUUUCAUGUACGAUAUGGAACUGAAACCUGGCAGCAAGCACAACAUGUUGGCCAUGACGGGGAUUAUUACCUCCACGACGGAGAAAAAUUCACUUCUUACUAUUCUUCAGGAUAUGGAAUAUAUCCACGGGCAACUCUUUGAGCGAUUAGUCGAGUCUGGAUGUGGUGCGGUGACUUGUCUUCCGGGAGCACUCACAAUUCUUCGAUUCUCCGCUUUCCGGAAGAUGGCCAAAUACUAUUUCGCGGACAAGGCAGAGCAGUGCGAUGAUCUCUUUGAUUAUGGAAAGUGCCAUCUUGGAGAGGAUCGGUGGCUCACGCACCUCUUCAUGAUCGGGGCAAAGAAGCCAUAUCAGAUUCAAAUGUGUACUGGCGCCUUUUGCAAAACCGAGGCGGUGCGAACCUUCAAGAGUCUCUUGAAGCAACGCCGUCGGUGGUUUCUGGGCUUUAUCACAAAUGAAGUUUGCAUGCUCACGGAUGUGCGACUAUGGAAGCGAUAUCCAAUGCUCUGCACAGUGCGCUUUAUGCAGAACACUAUCCGCACUACUGCCCUCCUGUUCUUCAUCAUGGUCAUCGCUCUCAUCGCAACAUCGAAAAGAGUCGAAGAUCUCCCCGUGGGGUUCAUUGGGGUCUCGUUGGGACUGAACUACUUGCUGAUGUUUUACUUCGGACUGCAGCUGAAACGCUUCAAGGCCUGGCUGUACCCACUAAUGUUUGUCAUCAACCCUUUUUUCAACUGGCUCUACAUGGUGUAUGGCAUUUUCACAGCCGGACAACGCACUUGGGGUGGGCCACGGGCUGAUGCGGCCGUGGCAGAUACCUAUACCACACCGGCAGAAGCAGUGGCAUUGGCUCACGCCCAGGGGGAUGAAUUGAAUGUCGACGUCGACACCUUUCGUGCUGGGCCUGUUCGCCGAAGAUCAGUCCCUGUUCGCCCCUCGGAGAAAAUCGAAGGGCGGUUUGCUCCCGCGGAGCAACUGCUCGAUGGCUGCUAUAUCAACACUCGUGAGCCUCGUCCGGUUCGAGACCAGUUGGAGUCUCCGUUACCCGAUGUUCCUCGAAUCUAUAUUCCUGGCCAGUUCCGUUAUUCAUCAGACUCACUGUUAAGCGGGUCAUCCGACUGUGGCUCUAACACCGUUUCCCUUCCACACAAUGUAGAGAGCCCGAUGAGUGAAGAGGACCAGCGAAAGCUCUAUUAUGCCCGCCAGGCUGGGGAGUCCAUUGGCAUGUCGACUAUGGAAGACGAGCUCAGCAGUGAUGGAAUGUGGCCUGCUGUAUAUGAGUCUGUUGGGGUCGUCACCGAGCCCCUUGAUAUUGCCGAACCUGCAUCCGCCCAACCUGGUCUCCGAGAGUCUAUCUCCACCAAUCGUCUCUCCUUGCAGUCUAUGGACAUGCAUGAGCCACGAGGGAAGGCUGCAAGGACAUCUCGGCGAGGGUCGCGGGUCUCCGAUGUGUCUGGUGAGAUUGUGUGA